CGGGGCGAAGCAGAGAACAGAGAACGCAGUGGAGAAACGCGUCUGCUGCGUGUCCGUGUCAUCGCUGUCGCACACAGUGGCGCGCGUCGUGUCGGUCGUCGCGUUGGGCCAUAGACGACCAUUGGUUCCAGGAUCAGAACAUUCAGAACAUCCUUUUUGGGCACAAUCGACAGGAAGAAAAUUCGUAUCUCCGUGACAUACGUAUUCCGUGCGGUUCCUCGUAACCAAAUAACUAAAAUCACUAUCUUUAGUUUUAUUUAUUUUUCUUCCAUGCUUACUUCCAAAAUUCCAUUUUUCUGUCUCAAAAUUACGAUGUGACGCGACACGCGUACGUGUGCGCGUGUCGCUCAUAUACACGUGUAUGUGCGUGUAUGUGUCCAGGAAUAUAGUUUUCUUGCCGAUUACAUUACAAGCGUGUUGCGAAAGUCUCACGAGAAGAAAACUCGACUUCGCGUGUGCGGUUUCGCUGUUCAGUGUCGAAAAUAAGUGACUGACGAAUUCUGCUAUUUGAAUUAAAGCAAGCGUUCGAAAAGCCGGUAUUUUGACGUUUAUAUUGCCGUAUUUUUUUUCCGGGAGUGAGAUUUUCCUUUUCGUUAAAAUUUUGUUGUAGUAUUUUUUGGUGCUCUUCAAUAAGUUUUGCUCUUGCAAACAGAGCUUCAUUUUUUCUCUAAGCUCCCUUGUCCGGGAAUCGUAAUUAUGCCCGCAAGUCGUGGAGGCAUGGUUGGCGGGGUAGUACCCGCCCACUACCUCCACGAGUUACCGGCCCAGGACGAGGAGCGGCUCUCGAAAAUAUUCCAGCAACUCGACCUCGACGGCAAUGGAAGAAUCGACGUUCACGAUCUUUCUAAAGCCCUACACGAGGUCGGCGUUCAUAAACGUUAUGCCGAGAAAUUCUUGGCACAGUCGGAUAAGAGUAAGAGCGGUGACAUCAGCCUUGCAGAAUUCAUACAUUAUGUACGGGAACACGAAAAGAAUCUCAGACUGCAAUUCUCAGAUCUUGACAAAAAUCGAGAUGGUAAAAUCGAUUUGGAGGAGCUGAUACGAGCUUUCAAGGAUUUGGGCAUAGAAAUGAGUAAGGAAGAGGCAAAAAAAUUACUCCAACGAAUGGAUCAAGAUGGCAGUCUCAACAUUAGUUUCAACGAAUGGCGAGAUUUUCUCUUGUACGCUCCUAGUACAAAUAUCCACGAGCUCAUUCUUUACUGGCGUCAUUCGACGUACAUGGACAUUGGGGAGGACAUGGGAGUGCCCGAUGAUUUCACAAACAGUGAAAUGGUAUCGGGGAUGUGGUGGCGGCAUUUACUCGCCGGUGGAAUCGCUGGUGCUGUUUCUCGCACGUGCACGGCACCAUUGGACAGAAUCAAAGUUUAUCUCCAGGUUCAUGGAACUCGUCAGUGCAACAUCACAAGUUGCUUCAGGUACAUGCUACGCGAAGGUGGAAUAAUGAGCCUCUGGCGUGGUAACGGUAUAAAUGUACUUAAAAUUGGCCCGGAAACGGCCUUGAAAUUUAUGGCCUACGAGCAAGUUAAAAGGGCCAUUAAAGGCACGGAUUCCCGCGAGCUCCGGAUAGACGAGAGAUUUAUCGCGGGAUCUCUUGCCGGUGGCAUCAGUCAAUCGGCCAUCUAUCCCCUGGAGGUACUGAAAACACGAUUGGCGUUACGUAAAACGGGAGAAUUUACGGGUAUUUUAGACGCUGCUGCAAAGAUUUACAAUCAGGGAGGUCUUAAGAAUUUUUAUCGAGGCUACAUUCCUAAUCUCAUUGGAAUUCUUCCUUAUGCUGGUAUCGAUUUGGCUGUGUACGAGACGCUGAAGAAUAGAUAUUUACGUUCGCAUACGGAAAACGAGCAACCGGCAUUUUGGGUGCUUUUGUUGUGUGGAACAGCAUCGAGCACAGCGGGCCAAGUGUGCUCGUAUCCAUUAGCUCUAGUCAGAACGCGAUUGCAGGCUCAAAUAUCCCCCGGUAAACUGCCCAAUACGAUGGUCGGUGUUUUUCAGGAUAUAUUGCACAGGGAAGGAAUCCGAGGCUUGUAUCGAGGCUUAACACCUAAUUUCCUAAAGGUUGCGCCAGCCGUGUCGAUAAGUUACGUAGUAUACGAGCACUUCCGACAAGCGUUAGGAGUCAACAUGACGUGAUGAAAAUAUCGACUAGGAAAAAAAGCAAUUAAUUUAAUUAAAUUAUUAUUGUAAACCAUAUUGGAUAAGAAGUUAUGAAAAUUGCGAGCCUAAACGAAUAAACGAAAAAGAAUAAGAGAAACGAGAAAAAAGACGAGAAACGCGAGGGUGAAUCUCGUUUUUUUUUUUACGUUUCUUUUAUAUUUUCCGUUUUUUCGAAGCCACUAUGGUAAAUGCAAUUUUUAUUUAUUGCUGAGCUUUCUACGCUCCGAAUACUUAAAAGAGCAUCGCUAUUUAUCCGCUAAACUGAGGAGAGAGCUAGACCCAAAAAAGCCUUCGGGAUUCAUGGAGCUCCGAUUGACGAAGCUUCAAGGAAACACAGAACAAAAUUGGGGAAAAAUUUAAGGAGUUUCUUAAUUCACGAUUUAAUAUUAGGAAGUAAUGGAACGAGUCCCGGGACGCCUUGACUGAAUAUGCGACUGAUCGUAGUCAACGAAAAAAUAUUGAUUUACUCCUUAAAUAGAGACUAACAAAAUGUUUCAUACAUGAAAGUACUAGAGGAGUGUGUAUCAAAACGAUGAAAUCAGGCAAGGCCAGAGGGGCAUGUUUUACAUACUUACACUGUGAUAAGUAUGAUUGUAAGGUUUUUUUUGUGUUGAAACGAUUUUCGAGACGGACGUUUUUUGUGCGACUUUUUCCGCCCGUUUUUAUUAGAAAUUUUUCUAUCAAAUUUUCUUCUUUAAACAUGUAUAUAUUCAGUGUUGAAUCAACGAUGAAACGUCACUAUCAGUAUAUUUAUUGAUCAAUGCAGCUAGAUACGAAAAACGAAUGAAAAAAAUAUCAAACAUCAGGAAUAUAAAUCAAAUUGUACUGAUUUGGAAUUUUUUGGUUGAAAAGUAAGACACACGUCCUCAUAAUUUUUUCGAUUAAUGAUCCUGUGUUUCUCAAGCUUCGUCGUGUUAACUCCCGUCGUUUCGACGACGAAACAAAUACAGUCAAAAAAAGAGAGAGGAAGAAUCGAAAGCGUUUGAAACUUCAUUCCCAAUCUAUGGAUUGCAAAAAUCUGUGGACGCACGGACUUUUGUAUUGUAUUAAAAAAAAAAAAAAGUAUCCAAUUCGACCGUAGGAAAAAUAAUUUAUAAAGUGCAUGGUCCUGUUUAGUAAAAUGAUAAUGUGCGAUCGAGUCAAAUUGGUACUGAAUGAAAAGGGGGAAAACAAAAAUGAUCGAGUAAAAGGAAUCAAUUAUUGUCGAAACAUAAAAAAUAUAUUUAUAUUUUCCUUCUCUUUCAAUAUUCACUCCAAUUGGACUCGGAAGAAUUUUUUACGCGAGUCUAAUACGUUUAUAUACUACAAAAGAUAUUUUUAAACUGUAUAGGACUGAUAAAACAUGACUACCGAUGGAGAAAAGAAAGAAACGCUUUGACAACCAGUGAAUUUCUUUUUUUUUCAUGCCGCGCCCAUGAAUGAAUGAGUAGAUUUAAUUUGUGAAUGAGUUUAAUUUAUUGCGAUGAUAUAGACAAUAUUUUUUUUCAUCGGGACUAAUCUAUUAUUUUUUCUCGAUGCUGGAUUUAGAGAGGAAAUUUUUUGUUGUUUGCUACGAAUCAGUAAUGAGAAAUGGUAAUGUUUAAACAGAGUUUCUCUGCAAAGCAGAACGUACUUCAAUGUUUUUAUGAUAAUAAAAUUGAAUCUAUUGUACGGGUGAGAAGGAUUUUUCGAAAAAAUCCAUCCGAAUGCAAUAAUUACCGUAUCUUCUCUCUUUCUCUCUCCGUCUCGUUUUGCCACCUAUCUGUGCUUAUCGAUUCAUCCUCGUCCCUCAACGAUCCCAAUUUACUUGCAAUGGGAUGUAAAAUCAUUCUUCGUCAUACAGCGAUAAUCUAUUUUUAUUUUCCCACGUUCGUAAAUUCUGAAAAAUGCUUGAUAAUUCGUAUAACUUAUUGUUCUAUUUUUAUUCUGUAUUCAAAUAGUGUCUGUGAUUUCUAGAAAUAAGGACAAAUUGCAAUGAUUGGGAAACUUAGUCGAUUUCCAUACAGAAUUUAAUCUUUCUAAUCAAUAAUAUCUCAUCUCCCGAUUAUCUAUGUUUUUUUUUGUCAAAAGAGCUGCAUGUUCUCCCAAUUUAGCGGCUCAAGAUCAUAAAUUAGCGCUAUCCCUCCAAUUUCGACUUGAAAUUAUAAUCAUUAACUUGGAAAUUUAACAAACUUAUUCAAAUGUGUAAAUACAUUCCGUGAUCGUGAAAAACUGUAUUCUCCAUUUCCCGGAUCCAAUAAAAAAACAUUUCAAUAUUCAAACAUCAA